AUGGAUGCCGAGCGCACUGCGGUGCGCAUCUUCGACCUGAUCGAUGCACGCCAGAUCAGUCAGGCGGAGGGGGCGCUGGAGACGGCGCUGCAGAAGUUCCCUGAUGACGACACCCUCCUCGCGGCUGAGGCGCUCGUCGUGAUGCGCAGCGGCAACUACCACCUCGCAAAAACCAAGGCAAUUGCCUUGAGCAGGAGGAACAUCACGAAGCCGAAGGCCGUGAACGCGCUUGUGCAUGUCCUGCAAAAUUGCUGCUGCUGGGACGCACUUGCAUCCACGUACGAGCGCUUGAGAGCGCUGCAGAAUGAGCGACAAAUCUCUGAAAACCUAGUGCAGACGUACACCCGCAUGGGUGCGUAUGCGAAGGUUCAGCAAAUAGCCAUGCAGCUGUAUCGGCAGUACAGCGACCCCAAGUACCAAGUGUGGAUGGUGCAGGCGAUGCUGGCGCAGGUGCCGGCCGGCAGCUCCGACCACAUGCUACUGAAGCUCUCAACAAAGCUACUGGACGCGGCCGUGCUGACAGAGAAAGGGCAUGUUGUGCCGUCGACAGUGCAGACCUACGUCGACGUCCUCGCGCAACAGGGCCAGUACGCCACUGCCGUUGGCUUUCUGCUAAGUGAGCGCGCGGCAAAGAUUGGCCUUCUCGCGACGCGGCUGGAGACGCUGGCACGGAUGCUUCAGAAAGCGGGGCAGGUCUCGGCGGCGAAUGCGGUGGCGCGACAUCUCUGGAGUCAGGAGAGCGAUAACUGGACUUCCUUCACCAUCUACAAGGACACACUGGUGCCUGGCGCUGGCGUUGGCGCCGACCAAGGGGGGAGUGCGACUUCUGUGUUGGAGGUGCUCGGUCCUGUACCAGAGAUGCGCACCACGAUCGACUGCACCAUGGCACAUCACUCACUGGAAGAGGCAGUGCAGCUCGCACGCCAGUUGCAAGAGCUGGAGGUGUCAAAGCAUCCGAAUAAGCAUCGGCGUGGCCCCUACCUUGCGGAACUGGACCUGCUGCACUCGCUUCAGUCAACGUACAUGCAGGCACGCGUGAUGGCGUAUGUGGAGCGCUUCUACUCCAAGCCCAGCUGCUACCUUGACAUCUCCACCUUCCUUACACCGGCGAUCGCGGCGGGCGUGUACGAGUGGUCACGCUCUUCUGGUUCCGCGUCACCGAGAGAUGAGGUAGACAAGCACACGCGUCGUAUUCUCGGCCUGCGGUGCCUUGUGGGAUCGUGGGAGACGACCCCAGCCGCAGGCGAGGCUCGCGCGCUGUUCCAUGAAUGCGUGGAGGCCUACCAAAGCAGCAGACACCUCUCCGAGAGCCUUGCGUGGAGUGAGGAGGGAUUGUGUGACGGGUACAUCACCGUCGCCUUGAACAUUGCCCUGCGCUGUCACGUCGCUGGCAAGGAUUCUCCAGACUACUCAUACCUCGUCGAGGGCCUCGACUUGAUGAGCAUCGUGGACCGCCGCAUGAACAACCCAACGUGGCUCAUCUACGCGGUGUGCUUUGCGAACCUGCUCGGCCUCACUGAGUGUGCGGCGCUGCAUCAGCUCGCUUUCAAGAACGUCCAGCGUGACACGAUGGCGCAUUUGGGGUACUGGCCGCUGCUGACUGGGCUUGCACUGGAGGAUGUUACGAACUGGGACGGCUGGGCAGAGGACUACUACAGCCUGCAGGAGAGAGACUGCAGCCUGCUGCGUGCCAAGGUGUUCAACUACACGUCUUGGCCAGCCAUGCAGGAUGUACAUCGCUUCGAAGCGGCACAGGCCAACUCGCUCUAUCGCUGGCAGUGCCCGGCCAACGCGUUCACUUCUGCGCUGUGUGGGUGCCAGACUCAGAAGGACGUGAACGAGACUUUAAAGACGCAUGCCGAGGCGCUGUGGGCAGCGUGGGAGCGCCUGAGCGCCACUGGAGCAGCCGACACACUUAUUGACAACACGGAUUGGGUUGUCGCCAAGUCGAUGGUGCUGGGCAACAUCCACUCUACCACUGUCCAGCAGCUCACCGAGUCUCUCGUUUCCGUGCCGUCGCGGAUGUGGCAAGUGCGCCGUAGCCGUCAGCUACUCGCCUCCAUUUUCCUUCUGCACGACAUGGCAGCUGUCAGCGCCCAUCGCCACGCCGCAGGCCAGGCGAGCAGGUCGCGCAAAGGAAAGAACUCGCACGCAGGCAGCGGUGCGGCUUCGACGGCAGACACCCCAGUCUUGUACAGCCCUCGCCUAGUCACCUCGUCUGUCUCGGUCGAGUACUUGCCUGCGGUGCAGCCGCUGGCCAGUGUGCUGCGCGCUUACGUGGACUCCCUCGGCGAAGCAGCACCUGAGACCGCGAACGCAUCUGCGGAGCUGCGCACUUACCUCAAGUCUCUGGUCGCCGACUCAGAGUACAGUGCCGGUAUCUUCGAAGCGUUCCUCUACCCACAGGCGUGCAUCUUAUCAGCCCUGUUGAGGAUGGCGCCUGCUGCAAAGCUGCCGGUAAAGCAGUGGGCCGCCGAUGUGCGGGAGAUACUGGAGGAGGCGCAGCACCGGUACGAGUCGCGCUUGUGGUCCACACUCGCCACCACAGUGGGGCAGACGCCUGCGCCUUCGGCGGACGUGGUGAGGAACAUCACCCUGGCGCCAGACAGCUUCACAGCGAAGCUGGAGGCGGAAAAAGUGCACCGCAUCGUUGGGUAUGUGUCCAGUCUCAGGGCAGACAUAGGUGCAUAUGUGCGUUGA